AUGGAGUUUGUGUAUGGAGAGGUUUUGAUCAAGGGUUCGGUUGACUACCGAGACAAAGUUUUGUUGUCUGUUGUUGAACCAUUCUUCGGAAGACUCGAGAAAUAUAAUCUCAUGGGAUUGGAUGUUUUUUCCAUCAAAUAUGCUAGCCCUGUGCUUUUCUGUUUGGAUUUUGGGAUUGCUGAAAAGAAUUAUUGCUCGGUGACUGGACGGAUGGCAUAUUGUGCAGUUUCGAUAUGCCCAUUAUCAAAGGAGCAGAACUUACAAGUUACCAGUUUCAGAGAAUCUAUUAGUAGCUUUCAUGAACAAGCCAGUUGCAAACCUAUGUCUUAUCUAGGCUUUCUUCUUCUUUCCGAGUUUAGUACCGAGAUGCUUUGCGAGUUUAGUAGCUUUCAUGAACAAGCCAGAUGUUACUUCAGAGACGUUUGA